UCCUGAGUCAUUGCUCUAUUGGUUCAAACAGUUUAAACCUGACACGAAUAAACUCCUAAGCAUCCCAACUUGGCUAGUUAUUGUAACAUUUUUGAUAUUUAAAGAAUAUUUAACAAUGGCGGGAUCUGUAUCAAAUGUGGAGGUCUGUAAUUUUGCUUACACGGGACAGUUUGAGGAAUUAAAAAAGUGCAUUCUGUCAGAUAAAUCGCUUGCCUGCAAAACGGACCAGGACCAAAGAACCGCCCUGCACUGGGCUUGUUCUGCUGGACACACCAACAUUGUGGAGUUUCUGCUUGACCUGGGUGUUGAAGUGAAUCUGCAAGAUGAUGCUUCGUGGACCCCUCUUCACAUUGCAGCAUCUGCAGGCAGAGAUGACAUAGUGAGAUCUUUAAUAUCCAAAGGAGCUCAGCUGAAUUCAGUCAAUCAAAAUGGGUGCACCCCUCUGCACUAUGCCGCCUCCAAAGACAGAUAUGAGAUUGCCUUGCUGUUGUUGGAAAACGGAGCAGACCCCAAUGUCACUGACAAGUAUCAGUCCACUCCCCUUCACAGAGCGUCUGCUAAGGGCAACUACCGCCUCAUCCAGCUGCUUCUCAAACAGAGCGCCUCAACCAACAUCCAGGACUCACAGGGAAACACACCACUCCACCUGGCAUGUGACGAGGAGCGAGUGGAGGCAGCCAAGGUGCUGGUGGAACAUGGGGCCAGCAUCUACAUCGAGAACAAAGAGGAGAAGACCCCCCUCCAGCUAGCCAAGGGCGGCCUGGGCAACUUACUCCGUCGGAUUGUGGAGGGAUGAUUCAUUUACUGACUUACAGGUCAUGCUCCAGCUCAAAUCCCUUCCAUCGCAAGUUACAUAAUGAGAAUUCUCAUCCCAGUGAGUCCUCCCUGAGUGGCCUGGUGUGACACAUUCAGAUGUGUAGCAGGUGGAAGAUGAGAUGUCGGGGAGAAAAGUUGGACUGUACUGCAUUGUGAUCAGCUCCUCAGAGGGGGCAGUGAAGCUGCUCAGACCCUGGGAGUCUGAUCAAAAACACUCGUACGCUGAGUGCAGUCUAUCCAACACUGCCGCUUAUUUUCUUAUGAGCUAUUUCUUGCUAAGUUUGAAUUGUUGCAAAAGUGACCAAAUAAAAAUCAGUGUUCAGCCUGUUAA